AUGGGAUGUGUUUCAGGAGCUGAAUUAAAACAGAAUCCAAUAGUUUAGAUGAGAACAAAAAACUAGGAUCUAGUCUUUACCUCUACAGAAGAUAUCUCUAAAAUUUAUUAAUUUGGAAAAGUACUUGGAGCAGGUUCUUUUGGGAAAGUCGUUACUGCAAGAAUGAUAAAAAAUCUUGAAAAGCAAUUUGCUAUCAAAAUCAUAGAAAAAACAAAAGUCAAAGGUCGUGAAGACAUACUGGCUAAUGAAAUUUACAUGUUACAAAGAUUAGAUCAUCCAAACAUAAUUAAAUUUCAUGAAGUUUACUAAAACAAAUAAAAUUUUUACAUUUGUAUGGACUAUUGUAGAGGAGGAGAAUUAGUUGAAUGGAUUCCUAAAAAGUACAAAAGCUUUCAUGAACAAAAUAUCCAAGAGAUAAUGAAAAAGGUUACAAUACAUAAUCAUUUUAAAUUAGAUUGCUUCUGCUGUUUCUUAUAUCCAUGAUUAAGGAAUAGUACAUAGAGAUAUCAAAGCUGAAAACAUUAUGAUCACAUCCAAAAAAGAUGAUGGUGAACCUAAACUAAUAGAUUUUGGAUUGGCAAAUAAGUUUGAUACCUCACAUCUAAAGUAUUAUAAAUAAUAGAUUAAAAUUAAGGCGACUAAAAUCUUUUGCAGGAACACCUAUGUACAUGGCACCUGAAAUAAUUAAGGGAUCAUAUGAUGAAAAAUGUGAUAUUUGGUCUUUGGGGGUUUUGCUUUUUACAUUACUAUCUGGCCAUUUGCCAUUUCAUGGAGAAACAAAAGAGGAAUUAUAUGACAACAUUUAAAAAGCAAAUGUAACAUUUAUAUAAUAUAUAAAGAUUUCAUUUACUUCAACUAUUUGGUCCCACAUAAGUAGCGAGGCUAAGGAUUUGAUUAAAAAAAUGCUUUCAAAGUAACCUGGAUUAAGACCGAAUUCAAAGGAACUUCUUAAGCAUAGUUGGUUCAAAAAAUAGUUUAAAAAUGAAGAGAAAAAUUCGACAUUAUUAAACAAUUCUCUCACUUCAAGCAUAAUUGAAAAUAGAUCAAUUUAUUCAUUAUUAAAAUAAAAUUAAGGAGGGGCUAAAUUUAAAAAAGAAGUUAAAACCCUAUUAAUUAACUAACUAAGUGAAGCAGAAUUAAAUUCAUUAAAAGAAAUAUUUAAGAAAAUAGAUGUUGAUAAUUCUGGAACUAUUACUUUUUAAGAAUUGAAAUAAGCCUUAUAGGCUGAAGUAUAAAUUCAAUGAAUAAUUAAUUUAGGGUUCUCCAGCCACCUUUGAAGAUAUAGAGAAAUUAAUUAGUAAUGGUGGUCCUCCUACAUCGCAUGAGGAAGUAGGAAAAAAGAAAAAAGAGUUUGUAAUUAAAUAUAGUCAAUUCUUGGCUUCUUGCAUAGAUGAAAGAAAGUUUAUAACUAAAGAAAAAGUAUAAGCUUCAUUUUAUUAAUAGUUAUCUUCUUUAUUUAAAAUAUUUGAUACUGAUAAUUCAAAUUUUAUUACCAAAUAAAAUAUUAAAGAAGCAUUUGCAAGAAAUGGAAAGUAAAUAUCUGAUCAAUAAAUUGAUGAAAUGAUUGCUGAAAUUGAUCCUAAUCAUGAUAACAAAAUAAGUUUUGAAGAAUUUUGUUAAAUGUUUGAUAAUGCAGGUGUAAAUAAAAACUUCACAGAAGAUGGAAGUAUGUACGCAUGA